CCGUCUACCCACCCGGUAGCCGCCCUGCGACGCAACAGCCUCAGGAAUGGGAUGCGAUUGAAAGACCAUUGGACAAACAUCGUAUUGGAUUGCCUUUAAGGAAACCAUGGAAGAGGACAGCAUCGAUAUUGAGGCGUGGAGGCGAGUCCGCCUUGCCGACGAGCCCAUCUAUUGCGCUGCGCCAACACCUGCGAACCCGAUCGAUAUUGUAUGUGCCGGGUCCGACGACGAGCUCGAUGAUUCCGCCAAAGUCUCAAAGAAACUCCGGUACGAAAUCCAGGGGCACCGAUACUUGGAAGGCAAACCUAUACGUAUCCAUUCUGCCUCCUUGCGCGGCCCCUUCGACAGACCCUCGGGAUGGCAGAAUCCCUGGCUGCCAAAACAACCCGCCGUCAAGCAAUCCUUCCUCAAAGCGGCCCGGCCCCCGGCCAAGUCCCUUACAACGGUCGAGAAAGACCCCCGGAGGAGGUGCUCUAGUCAAUUCGCACAACAGGACGAGGCGACGCCGGAUACCGGAGAUUCAAUGCGCUGCCACUUGCCCAGCCCCGGCAGCAACCCCGAGCCCCAGCUGUUCGGCGGGCCUCUAGACGCGGACAAACAUGGUCGGAUACGGGCUUGGGCCAAGGGAGUGUCGGUAGAAACCCUUAACAGGGAUGGCUUUUGGGCUCCCGGCCAGACUGUCGCCCGGGAGCCUGGAGAGCCCAGCAGGAAGCGAACCGCUGACAAGGACUGGCUCAAGACAAAACUGCCAAAACGUUCAAGAUUAGAAGGCUUGCAGAGUACCGCCGCGGUAUCUACACCCACGCCGAUGCCAUCGAUACAGGUUCCAGUUCAACAUUCCGCAGUUUGCGCCGUAAUUGGCCAGGUUAAGGAGUCGGGUCCCUCCGCGAAAACGGCCAGUCAAAGCUUCGAGAUGACUACCCCCUCUUCCUCUGCCGACCUAAGCGGCCAGGGACGGGUACCACAACAAGAACAUGUUGAUGCUUUAACGACUUCGAAUGACGCCAGCAAUCGGUCGCCGGUACACAGCUUGGAUCACGAAGAGACACGGCCAGAUUCCGAAUCAAUUAAUUGCCCCGAGAAUAUUUCUUGCGAUCUGAAUCGCGAGGAGGAAGAAGAGACGAGCUUCGAGAGUCGCCUAGAUCAGAGCUUCCAUUAUCGAGCCCGGCUGCCAAAGCAGACGGCUUCUCGCGCGACAACGGAUCCCAAACUUCCCAGCUCGAGCGCCCGUAAGAGACCAUCGCAGACUGACACUCCUGAAUCCAUGCGAUAUCAUGACGUGGUGGGCGUCGCGGCCUCGGCGGUAAAAGACGGGCCUCGAUCCCCCCGGCAAACAGUGACGGAGUCGGGUUCUUCUCCAAACAAUUCGGCCUGUGAACAGGAUAUCAGUGCUAGCGCCCGAAGCGGGAGUUGCGCGUCUGUGUUAUCAGCGUCGGAGAGAUCGUCUGAAGGCCACCAGGAUUUGAAAGAUGACAAGCCGUACGAAUGCGACGGGCCACCGCUAGAAAAGGCCACCACGGUAGCUGAAGCAGAGCCAUCUCGGCUCGAAGCACCGUUAGAUGAAGAACCUACCCUGGUCGGCGAUCUCAUGAAUAUCGACCAGGACGAGCCGCACUACAUGGAGGAAACGCCCGCCAGCCAUAGAGACAACGUCGCGAAGACAAUAGAACCACGUGCGAGGAUGGACGACGGGACAAAGCAAGAAGCAGCACAAAGAUGUGCGAUAUCGCCAUUGUUACCAUUAGAGCAAGAUGCCGAUCAUGUCAGUGACAAUUCCCUGGAGACAAAGUCAAAGGUCGAGACCCGAACAGAGACCUUGUUCCCCGAUGCUACGAAAGCCCCUGAGGACGAUGUCCCAGCCCAGACUGCGCCUUUGCAGUCCCCCCAGCAAGUUGCGCAACAGAGUCCUUCGCUAGUCCCUGAGGCCCGCCCAGAGGCUGCUCCAUCAAUCGAACAUGUCCAGCCAAAGCUGGCUGACAAUGCGGCCUCGCCUUGUCCCUCCUCACCCAAGUCCAUUCACCCAAGCUCACAAACGCGCAAUCACGAAACGACCUCUAUCAGGCCCUCUCAGCAGAGCCCUUGGGUCAAAGAGUCAGUGGAACCGACGAGUACACAUAAAAGGCCUCAAUCGGCCGCGACCGCAGAUAUCGUCAGUCCCGUCAACAUUGCAUUGGAUACAACACACCCCGAAGAACCCCAGAAUCCGUGGGAAACAAUCGUAGACACCAUGCCUCACCACAACCUCCCAGCUGCCCCCCCCACGCCCGAAGGGCCUCUCCCGUCACCUACGCCAGACGCGGCCGAGCGCGCAUCUCGCGCGCACACCCCCGACGAGACCGACGUGCUGAUCAGGCGAUUCGCCAACUUCCAGACACCCUCCCCGAGGCGUCCGGGAGAGGCACCUCGCUGGCCGACCGGCUCCGCCGAUCGCCCCCGCGGCAUCCUCUCCCGCAGCGACUCCUCCGGUCAAGAGCCCAGCGCGCGGUCGAGCCGACACGUGUCCUUCGCCCCGCUGCCGGCCGAAGGCGAGUCGUUCUCCCUGUCGGGGACGCACGUGCACACCAUCCCGAGGGGCGCGUCGCCUCCGCCCCCGGCGCCGUGCGAGGCCGACGACGACGACGUCGGCGAGCACUUCCAGAACCACUUCCGCAGCGCAAGGCGGCGCUUGAGCGGCGGCGCCCGCGAGCCGCUACCUCGGUUGCGACUACUCCGCAGCGCAGCGCUGGAGCCGGAGCCGGUCUCGGCCGCGAGCCCGGGGAUCAGCGCGGUGGCGGACGCCUUCCACGCCGCCGACGCGCACUACGCGUCGUGCGGGGAGCGCGGCGGCGCCGCCCCAGCUAGGGACGCCAACGGUGACGCGGCCGGCCCAGUGCAGUCUCCGUGGCGCAACGAGAGCCAGACGGUGGAUGACGUCGCCGACGUCAUGGGGAACCUGGGCGACUUCCUCGGCACCUGGGACGUCGAGGCCGAGAUGCAGCAAAUCGGGCACGAAUCGAACAGAGCGGCCCAGAGCCCGUGGGGCCUGGGCCAGUAAGAGAAACACUGAGAUGUAAAGGCGAGAGGACGGGGGUGGGGGAGGUAAACGAGAAACGAGAUUGGGCUCAAACAAGGAGAGAGGGGAGGGGCGCGAGAAAAAGUCAGCGCUGCUUGAUACCCAUACGUGCUUCAUUUUCGGCUCAUUUUC